UCAGAGUAUAUCCUUAAACCGCCAAAGCAGCGUAAUGUAUUCCCGUAAUUGCAAAGUUGCAAACGCAAGAGCCAGACUCCGGAGACAGCUUUUCAUCUUCUUCGGCAUUUACAAACCCUAACCCUAAGAUUCGCAUUGUUCAAUUCCUCGAAUUGAAUUCCUUCAAUUGAACGUCAGGCUCAACCUAUGGCUAGCGAAUCUGGUGAACCUACUCGCCGGAAGCAUCAGCUUUCUCCAUCCGACGAGGACAACAUCGAGGCCGAAAACCCUUCGAAACGCCGGAAGAACCGCCAUAGGCAUCACAAGCAUCACCAUGGACACCGCCAUCAUAAACGCAGUAGCAAGAAAGAAGGAAAAGGUGAGGAUGCGACUGAACAUGAGCUAGAGCUCGGAGAGAAACGGAAUGCCGAGAAUGAUGACGUCGGUUUGGCUCGUUCUGGCUCCCAUCAAGCUCCGUCUACUGCUGCCAGUAGUGAAGUUGCUCCAGGGUCGAUAUUAGGGAUUGAUUAUGAUGAUAUGGAGGAAGGAGAAAUUGUUGAAGAAGAUGAGGUGUAUUCACAUUCCCCUUCUCCCUUUUUGUACUUCUCUUCCCUGUAUUUCAUCACGAGUUUUAGUUUUCGCAUGUUUGGUUGCUGAAUUUUUUCAAAAAAGAAAUUUCUUGUGCUAUUUUUUUACACAAUUAUCCUUUUCAGCUUGAUGAUCAUUUAGAGGAUGGCUCUUUUCAAUCCCAUAAUUUUUUUUUGACUAUUCCGAUGUUUGUUUAUCCAUCAACCAAACAGAAUUAGUGUGAUUUUCGUGAAUUUUGUGUGUAUUGGAAUCUUAUUGAACGAGUUGCUGAUUUUUUUCCCACAAUUAGUGGUGGAGACUCGGUGCUUACAGUAACACGAACGUUAUAGAACUUUUCUUACAGUAACAGAUUUCAGAAUUUGAAUUUCAUAUGCAACAAAGCACUAUGCUAAUUUUUUCUCCCAGGCGAUUUGUCUCCUUUGAGAUUCUUGAAGACUGAUGACUUUUCAAUGGAUUUGUAAGAGUUAGUUUUAUGGCGUUUUUGUUUUUCCUCCUAUUUACCACUUUUUUUGGUUACUUUUCCAUGGAAUUCAAUAUGAACUUUGUGUUUUGACUUUUGAAAUACUUGACUUCAGUUGUUGGGCUUAAUAUUAGUAUUUCCUUCUGUAGGUAGUGGAUACAUCUCGAAGAAAGAAGGUGUUGCCUUCUGAACAAAGCAUGUAUGACGUGGAUGGAAAGUCAGGCAAAGAUGACCAAAAUUUCAUUAGAGAAAAACAGGAGGAUUUGCUUUUGGAAAGACCUUCACCAGGUGAUCAUGCAGCUAACGGUGAAGUGCGUGAACACUUGAAAGAUGACUAUCUUGGUGAAAAAUAUAGUCAGCGAAAUGGACGCCAUAACAUAGAAGAAAUUAGGAGGGAUAAGAGGACUGGAAUUAUUGCUGAAGAUGAGACAAGGAAGCACAGAGGUGUAUCAAGCUCACCCUCUCAGGACACACUUCAUGGUCAUAGAAGGUCACGGUCACAGAGUGUACUCAGAGAUGGUUCAUUGCCAGAUUCUUUAAUAAGAUAUGAUGAUGGUUAUCGUUCAAAGAGAAAGCAUGGGACUGAUUCAGAUGAUGAGAUGGUUGAAGUUAGCAGGGACUAUAGACAUGCUUCAAAAGAUUUGCCAAGUGAUAAAGAAAGGAAGCAUUCAAGUGUAAGCAGAUAUAGUAGUCGUUCAGAUAGGCAUCACAGUCGGGAAACUUGGGACAGACAUAGAGAGGGAAGCCGGGAUCUGGAUAGAGACAGGACAAGAGAUAGAGAUAGAGAAGGAAGCCGAGAUCUGGAUAGAGACAGGACAAGAGCUAGAGAUAGAGAAGGAAGCCGAGAUCUGGAUAGAGACAGGACAAGAGCUAGAGAUAGAGAAGGAAGCCGAGAUCUGGAUAGAGACAGGACAAGAGAUAGAGCUAGAGAAGGAAGCUGGGAUCUGGAUAGAAACAGGACAAGAGAUAGAGAUAGUGAUAGGUUGCGGGCCCAUGAGAGGGAGAGGGUUAGUGAAAGGGAGAGGGAAAGGGAGAGGGAGAGGGAGAGAGAGAGGGAGAGAGAAAGGGACAGGGAAAGGAAAAGGGAGAGGGAGAGGCACCGGGACUGGGAGAGAGAGGAGAGGGAAAGACAGAAGGAGCGCAAUAGAGAGAGCAGCAGAGAUAGGCGUGGGGAUAGAGAUGAAAAGUAUAAUCGUCACUCUAAAUAUAAUGAUGAUGGUGAUCGUGAUAGGCGGGAUGAUUAUAGGGGUAGAAGACAUGAAGAAACUGUUAGCAAGGAUAGGCUUCACGAAAGUGAGGCAGAAAAAGUUGAUAGUUCUAAGGUCGAUGUCUCUGAAAGAGAGAGUGAGAAGUCUAAAAGGGAUGAGAUUGACGCUGAAGAAUAUGAAGCGAGGGUUGUGUUGCAGUUAGAUGAGCAGAAUGAAGAUGAGAUCCUUGAGAAAAUUAAAGAGGAAAGUAGGAGGAGGAGGCAAGCUAUUCUUGAAAAAUAUAAAACUCAGAAUUUGCAGCAGCAGCCGCCUCAACCUGAACACGCAGAGAUUGAGCAAGUAGAGCAGCCACCUCUGGUUGUUGGUUCUGAAGCUACAGAUGAUCGAAUUGAGACAGACGAUUAUGUUGCAGAAGGAUCAUUUUCUGUUGGAAAAUCACCUCCAGCAAAUGGAAUUUCUGUUUUUGAGAACUUAUCUGAUGCUGGUGGUCUGGGUGCCGGUACUCCCAAGAGUGAAAAAGAAUUGCAGAGAAAAAGAUCUGAUGAUAUGUUCUGUGAUGAUAUCUUUGGGGAAUCUCCAGCUGGUGUCCGUAGAACAGGCAAGGGAGAUGGUUUAGCUAUUGAAAGGAGUGGCCAGCAUGACAAUUGGGAUGAUCCUGAAGGAUAUUAUAGCUAUCGUUUUGGAGAGAUACUUGAUGGUCGGUAUGAGAUCAUUGCUGCGCAUGGUAAAGGUGUAUUUUCUACUGUAGUUCGUGCAAAGGAUCUUAAGGCUAAACUAGGUGAACCUGAAGAAGUAGCAAUAAAGAUGAUUCGAAGUAAUGACACAAUGUACAAAGCUGGUAUGGAAGAGCUGGUUAUAUUAAAAAAGUUGGUUGGUGCGGACCCUGAGAACAAACGUCAUUGUGUUCGUUUUCUUUCCAGCUUUAAGUAUCGGAAUCAUCUCUGUUUAGUUUUUGAAUCUCUUCAUAUGAAUCUUCGUGAGGUUUUGAAGAAGUUUGGUCGUAAUAUUGGGCUUAAAUUAACUGCUGUGAGGGCUUACGCAAAGCAACUCUUCCUAGCACUGAAGCAUCUAAAGAAUUGUGGUGUGCUUCAUUGUGAUAUUAAGCCAGAUAACAUGCUUGUCAAUGAAGCAAAAAAUGUAUUGAAGCUUUGUGAUUUUGGCAAUGCAAUGUUUGCUGGCAAGAAUGAAAUUACCCCAUAUCUAGUGAGCCGUUUCUAUCGUGCCCCAGAAAUUAUUCUUGGUUUGGCUUAUGAUCAUCCCAUGGAUAUGUGGUCGGUUGGCUGCUGUUUGUUUGAGAUUUACACCGGGAAAGUUCUUUUUCCCGGCGCUACAAAUAAUGAUAUGCUUCGACUUAUGAUGGAACUUAAAGGUUUAUUCCCAAAGAAGAUGGUUCGAAAGGCCGCAUUUAAGGACCAGCAUUUUGAUCAGAAUUUGAAUUUUCUUGCUAUAGAGGAAGACCCUGUGACUAAGAAGGCUGUGAGGAGGGCAAUAAUAAAUGUCAAGCCAAAAGAUUUUGGAACUCUGAUUCAUGGUUCUCCGGGUGAGGAUCCAAAGAUGUUAACAAAUUUUAAAGAUCUUCUCGAAAAGGUUUUCAUGUUGGAUCCUGAUAAAAGAAUUACCGUGUCACAAGCAUUGAGUCAUCCAUUCAUCACUGGCAAGUGAACACUAGUGCUGAUUUUCUGACUACAGAAAUGCAAUUGGGCUGUUGUAAAUUAUGAUAUGAUCCCAUUUUAUAUUUAACUAUUGGGCAUUAAUUUGUCUCUUCUGUGCUGGCUAUAAGAGCUUUGUAGACAGAGCUUUGGCAUGGUUGAAGACAGUGGGGCUGAUAAUUUGAGUGGAAGUUGCUUCAUACUUGGCGUUGGAUGUUUUCUGUUUCUAUUGUAAGAUAACUCGCCAAAGGCGUUUUUACCUUUUGUACUUUCUUGAUGCUGACCAUUAAAGGAAUCAUUGAAUAGAACUUUUUUCCUUUUAAUAAGGAGUUUUAGCUUGUACUUUGGACUUGUUUCCAGCAAGUCACUUCAGAGGACUUUUCUGCUUCUGAAAAAUAGAAUGGCUGAUAUAAAUAUUACUUGUAAAUGAGAGUUUCUCUGACGAGCUCGUUGCCUAUCUUUCUCUCUAAUCUUCUUCUUAUUUUAGUUGCUGAUGUUUGGUUUUUGUGAUUCUUUAUUCCAACUUAUGGUUGUUCUCAUCCCAUCUGCUACCACUUCUUCCUUGGUUCUUGUUUUUCGUUUUUCGGUUUCUCGUCUUGCCCCCUUUAUGUUUGUUUUUUGGUAUUUCGUCUUGCCCCUCUAUGUUAAUUAUAUUGGGUCCUCGAGAGUCUAAUUUAAUUUUUGGUUCAGGACACCAUCAGUGCUAUGAGGCAACAGUUCACUUAGGUGCUUAAAAAGGCAAACCUGGAGAAGGUAUUUUGGUUUGUUUUGCUAGGAGUUUAUUUCCUAGACAGUUGACAAUUUGCCCUGUUAUAUCUUUUCUCUUAUUGAUGUUGAAUAGUUGUAUGUGAUUUAGUUUUUUUAUGCUGUCAUGUGGCAUUUCACUUUGUGAAACUUGCCUAAUGAGUGCAUAUUUCAAGUCUGAUGGGAAUUAUAAACUUCAACUUUUAGGACAGUAGGGGGUUUGUGGUACAGCUUUUGUUCAAAUUAUUGCUGAUCACGGCUAAUUCAAUGUCUUGUUUUGACCUGCUCUUUAUUGUUGUUAGGUAGAGUAGCAUGUCAGGUCUUCAUGUACAAUGUUGCGUUCUCUCUACUUCCUGAGCCUGUCUAUAUUAUCAGUUUGAUGUGUGUCAUUUCUAUUACUUCAAUUGUGCAUUUACUAAUAUGUUUACGUUUGAUUUGUCGAUUCGGAGGAAUACCCCUUGGAGAUCAUUGGGUGAUGCUGUUCUGAGGUGGAUAUAUUUAGUGAGUGAUCUUAUCUGAACUUUGUGCUUGUUCUUCAAUGGAAUUCUCAGUUUUGUUUAAACAACCAUAGUAAUAUUUGUCAUUUACCUGUACAGGUAAUGUCAUUAUAAUUGCAGAACUUCUGUAAGUCUAUGUCUAAUUUGCACUGGUUACUUUCUUGCUUGAGUUGGUUUCUGAUGCUAAACUACUGGUUCAAACUAGGUUUUACCAUUGACAGUAGGUUAUUAUGUGGAAUGCUGUAGUUUUUGGCUGAUUUGGGAGCAAAUUAGUAGUUGAUCUUCUCUAUUUUCAUGCUCCUUUGUUUCGUAUGAUGUGACCUGGAGUCAGAUUGUGUAAGAUUUGGACAAUCAUUUGCACAGAUUAAUAGAUAAGGAAACCAACUCCAAUUGUGAGAAAACUUAGUUAAAUGUUGUGUGUAACAAAAACAUUAAAUGCUUAUAAGUGACAGGUGUUUAAACUUCAAAUUGUCAUUAUCUAAAGUGUUCAUUUAACUUUUGCGCAUGCAUGGAAAAGCUGCCAAUCAAAUGGAUGACCUUGAUGCUUUGUAUUUUAGAGUCAAUGGACAGUUAAAUGAUCUUGUUAUUUAUUAACAUUUAGGUUUCUAGGAUUGGGUAUCACCUCUUUCCUGUUGCCUUUCUUGUCUUUCUUGCUUACUUGUAUGUUCUUUGGGAUAUGGGAAAAAGUGGUUUGCGACCAAUAAUUGGAUUGCAGAUAACUUUACUCAUUUUAAGUUUGCUUUUAAGUUGAUUAGUAAUUGGUCUGGCCUGGUCAAAUCAAAUAAAAUGUGAGAUUUCGGUCAAGUAGCAGUCAAUGUUGGCCAUAAUGAUAACAUAUUGAUAAUUGCAAUACAGGUAGAACUCAUUUGUGGCAUGCUUGAACCAUAUAUUAUUUGUAUUAUAAAAGUGAAUGGUUCUUUAUCUCUCUCCUCUUGCUCAUUAAGUUGUGGAUAUAUUGCCUAUAUAGGCUAUGUAUUUUUUGGAUUUUAUUUUUCCUGUUGUAAUUACUUCGUUGGCUCUUGGGAUAUGGGGUGCUCUCUGGCACAUGCUUAAAAAGUAAUGAUUUCCUAGUGGGAGUUUGAUACUCCCUCACUUUUUUGACAGUAGGAUUUUCAUAGUUUAAAAGUCCAAACUGGAUAAUCAUUUUGGGACGGAGGGAGUAUAUCAUAUUCCAUCUACUGAACCUGAUAGUCAGGUACUAAGGCUUGCCUAAAUAUGUGGGUAUGAAGUUCGUAAAUAUGUGUUGGUUUCUGAAAUUAUUCCCUGGCUGAUGAAAUCUUUAUCUGCUUUUAAUUGUCUUGAAAAGAAGAUAUAUGAUAGGAAAAAUAUGUAUCAAGUUCGAUAUUAUGCACUAAUGUGAAAAUAUAUUUAGUGACAAUAUGGUGAAGAGAAAUUAAUGAAUGAGUGAAACUUUAGAAUGGAUUUGGAGAUUUAGGAUUGAAUCUAGGAGAAAUUAGAAUUUGGAAUCUGGGAAUAAAAUUUGGCGAUAGGGAGUGAAAACUGGGAUCAUGACCUGUGGUUUGAAAGAUAUGAAGAAGUGAUGGGCCUUUAAGGCUUGAUGAAACUAAAAAAGUGAGGAUUUGAAUUGAGAUGAUAGUGGCAACUCGGGGAUAAAAAGGUUUGAUGAGCUGGAAAGAAGUUAUCCCAUGUUUAUGCUAAUGUGAAAGAGAGUGAAUAUGAAAUUAUCUGUUUAAGAUGUUACUCCCUCCCUCCGAAAUAAUUGUCCAGUUUAGUUGUUCAUUUCUAGUACAAAUUACUCUAAAAGUGAAAAUCGAAAUUGGACAAUCAUUUUCGGACAAAGGGAGUAAAGCUAGUUGGUGGAAUGGAGUACCAAGGUAGACUUGAAGAUGUUUUAAUUCUGACGGUCUGUUUCUUCUAUUUUAUUUAUGGAAGAUAUCAUAUUCCAACCAAAUUACUUCUAAUUUCCUUUGUAUUUGUACAAUGUUUUCUAAUUAAGCAACCAAGAUGCAAGUUACACGUGCUAAUUGAAAUGCGAAUUUAUGCAACUUCUCUUUUCUUUUAUUGAAAUGAAUGGAUAUGUUGUUUGCAUAUUUUAGCAAAUUCGAGAAGAAAUAGGCCGGUAAAUAUCAUGUUUACAUGGACUAUUGUUGUGUGAGAAAGAGUAAGAUUCGAGUUCUGUGGUUCUUUCCAAUUUCAAAAUGGUGAGGGUGCUGGGUUAAUCUUUCCCAAAAUAGAGAACUGUUUAUCCAGGCUUUACUGCAUUUUAUUUUUCAGUUUUGCUAAUCGUUUGUAUGCAUCCUUUGAAUAAUUUGGGAAAAAUUAGUGACUCGGGUCACUGGCAACUUUAGUUUGGAGUGUAACUAACGUGGGUACAGGCUUCUUUGAUGCUUGCUAUAUUUGUUGAUGCCACUUCUUACCUCAGUGGGUGAAAUUGGGUUGAACUAUAUUGUGUGUUUCCUUUUUGGUUCUUUAUGCGGCGUUGCUUCCAGUCUGGCAUUCUCAUCUGCUUUAUGGUAAAUUUGCAAAGUAAACUUGUCCAAGUAUGUAAUUUGAGAAAUUUGAAGGUUGUGAAGGACGGGCUUGAUUAUAAUUGGUGUCUAUUUCUGCCAGACUUGAUAAAUUGAUGAAUUACUCGUUUACUAUCGGGGCUACCUUGAUUUUGUACCAUUAAAGGACUAUGAGACCUUUUGAUUGCGAAGGAGGAAAAUCAUUACCGAUUAUAAUAAGCAUCCGUUUGGAGAAGUGCAUUGGAGGAAGGUAAAAGUUAUUCUAGACUGCCAUAAGGGGUAAGCCCUGGUGUCUGGGGUUAAUUCUUUCAUCUUGCAUUCAGGGUUGUUUUUGUUUCUUCCGGAACAUCACCAAUCGUGAAAGUGCAUCUUUCUAUGUAAUUUUUCUUCCGGAACAUCACCAAUCGUGAAAGUGUAUCUUUCUAUGUAAUUUGCAUUCUAUGGAACUUUACUACUACUGAAAAAACAGAAAAGGGAGGCCCUGAGGCCACCCACCUACCCCGGGCCUCAAAUCUUUCGGAAAAGUAAGAUCAAACAAUUGGAGAUCAUUGGAGAUCACACUGAGAAUACCCGAAUGCCAAGUGUUCUAAUUGAGUAUCUUAUGACUUGGUCUCUGUAGUAAUCGAAACACUCGAGUAAAGAGAAUGUCGCUAUGGGGUUUCGCAGUGAGAGUUGGGUAAAGCAGCUACACAUUUAUACAAUCUUCAUUUGACAGCAUCUUCUGUGGCAAUUGUCUGUUUUUGGGUUUCAACUUAAGAAGCUUCCCUCAAUUAGGUGGUGUUUAUAAUGUGGACCCUGUCAAUUCUUGAAUUAAGACAGUAACAACUUUAUUUAUGUAAGAGGAAAUACAUGCUACUUUAUUAGAAUCAUCUUCAUUUACACUAUUACGAUCGUGUGCCACAUAUAACAACAAAUUCUAUAUUUCAAACGUAGGUCUUUGUUUAGCUUUGAAGAAUUCUUUAGUAGAAGUUGCAACCAAUUUCCCAUAUGAUAAUUAGAGAUAGAUAAAUAUAGCAGGGGUUAUUCAAUGGGUAGCAGUUGAAUUAUUGUUGUACAUGCUCAAAAAAGAUGGCUUCAAAUGUAAAUGAAAGUUUUUGGGAUUUAAUUAAUGUAAGUUGUUAAUCGAUGGUAUGAAUUUGUAUAAUUAGUGAUUGAAGGAAAAUAUUUGGAGGC